AUGACGAGCCGUCGCCGUGGCAUGCGGCAGCACCUGACUUGCCCGUUAUGCCUCCUUAUCCUUUGCCAUGUGGCAUCCACGUGUCGAGUGUGUCUUCCGCCUAUGUUCUUGGCAGCAGCAAACGGCACCCCUCCGAACCCUAAUUGGGAGAUCGACUUCGACUGGCUGAGUAACGAGAGCCAAAUCGCCAUGGCGCGAUUCGCCGUGGCACAGCACAACGCCACCAAGUGUUGCACUCUCUCCCUUCAACUCAUGCUGACUCACCACUGUGCAGCAGAACGAGGCCACGACGAGGUAGACGACAGGCGACAGCCCUCCUCUCCUUCAUCCCUUCUCCCCUUCAUCCCGUCUCCCCUCCAUCCCUUCUCUCCUCCAUCCCUUCUCCCCUUAGCCCUUCUCCCCUUCAUCCCUUCUCCCCUUUAUCCCUUCUCCCCUUCAUCCCUUCUCCCCUUCAUCCCUUCUCCCCUUCAUCCCUUCAUCCCUUCUCCCCUUCAUCCCUUCUCCCCUUUAUCCCUUCUCCCUUUCAUCCUUUCUCCCCUUCAUCCCUUCUCCCCUUCAUCCCUUCUCCCCUUCAUCCCUUCUCCCCUUCAUCCCUUCUCCCCUUCAUCCCUGCUCCCCUUCAUCCCUUCUCCCCUUCAUCCCUUCUCCCCUUCAUCCCUGCUCCCCUUCUCCCCGUCUCUCGCCUCUCCACGCCAGAACCACAGCCUACAGCCAGUCGGAGUUCUCUAUGUGGACCGCGCAGACAUUGCCAGCACAGGCAAUGGCAGCGCAGGCAAUGGCAGCGCAGGCAAUGGCAGCGCAGGCAAUGGCAGCGCAGGCAAUGGCAACGCAGGCAAUGGCAGCGCAGGCAAUGGCAGGGCAGGCAACUCAAGCGCGGGCAGGGAGGAGUACCUUGUGACACUGGCGGCUCUCAACCUGCUGCGCGGCCGCACUGCCUUCUUCGACGCCCUCCUCUCCCGCCGCCCUCUCGAGGCCGCGCAAUCCGUGCUCCCUGCUGCUGCCCCUCCGCCAGCAUCAGCCACAGCAGCAGCAGCAGCAGCAGCAGCAGCAGCAGCAGCAGCAACUGCACCCACCCCUGCGGCAGCGUCCGUUGCAGCAGCAGCAACAGUAGGAGGAGAGGGAGGAGGGGAGGGAUGGGAGUACACGUUGAGGUCGUGGGUGCAGCAGGCAGGGUCGGGGCAUGUGAGCACGCGGGAGGAGCAGGAGGCGGCGCUCAGGCACGUGGUGCCGGUGACCCCCCCUCCGUGUGGCCACCUGUUGACUUACGUCCAAGGCCCAUGCUCAGGCCCAUGCUCUUCCCACCCCCUCCCCCUCGCAGGGCAACCCGCUGCUGCUGAUCUCAGUGGUGGAGGCACAGAGCAGCGCUCCGCUGCUGAUUUCGGUGCUGGAGGCACAGGUGGUGGUGCGGCGGUACAGAGAGCCCACCCCACCCUCACACUGCUUGUAGCAGAUGAGGUCACCGGCAUGGCAUGGCAUGGCAUGGCAGCCCACUAUGCCGUGCACGCACUGGAUUGA